UCGGGCCGCGCUCCUCCUCGGGGCGGGCUGCUGCGGAGUCAGCUGACGCCGGCGCCCAGCCUCGCCGCCCCGCGCCCUCCGCGCUCCCCCAAAGCGGCUGCCAGCCGGACGCCCACUUUCAGGGUUCAGGGGCCCGAGGAAGGGAUGUGCGCGUUCUGACAGCUCGCGGAGCCGCCGCCCCGAGCAGCCCGGCUCCUGCAACUUUGCGCCCCUGCGCGCGGUCUCCAGCCCCGCUGCGCCCUCCCCAGAGCCGCCUCGGCGGGGUGCGCGCCCCGGGCAGGGGUCGUGGCGGCGGGGAUGGCUUCCAAUUUCAAUGACAUAGUGAAGCAGGGGUACGUGCGCAUCCGGAGCAGACGCCUGGGGAUUUAUCAACGAUGCUGGUUGGUAUUCAAGAAAGCUUCAAGCAAGGGUCCAAAAAGAUUGGAGAAAUUUUCUGAUGAACGUGCUGCAUAUUUUAGGUGUUAUCAUAAGGUCACGGAACUCAACAACGUGAAGAACGUAGCUCGGCUGCCCAAAAGCACCAAGAAACAUGCCAUAGGGAUUUAUUUCAAUGAUGACACCUCCAAGACCUUUGCUUGCGAGUCAGAUCUUGAGGCAGACGAGUGGUGUAAAGUCCUACAGAUGGAGUGUGUAGGGACGCGGAUCAAUGAUAUCAGCCUUGGAGAGCCUGACUUACUGGCUACUGGGGUUGAGAGAGAGCAGAGUGAGAGAUUCAAUGUGUAUUUGAUGCCAUCUCCUAACUUAGAUGUACAUGGCGAAUGUGCCUUGCAGAUUACAUAUGAGUAUAUCUGUCUUUGGGACAUCCAGAAUCCCAGAGUCAAACUCAUCUCUUGGCCGCUAAGCGCCCUACGGCGGUAUGGAAGAGAUACCACGUGGUUCACUUUUGAGGCGGGGAGGAUGUGUGAGACUGGUGAAGGGCUGUUUAUCUUUCAAACCCGAGAUGGGGAGGCCAUCUAUCAGAAAGUUCACUCUGCCGCUUUGGCCAUAGCGGAGCAGCAUGAGCGUUUGCUCCAAAGCGUGAAAAAUUCAAUGCUCCAGAUGAAGAUGAGCGAGCGGGCCGCCUCGCUGAGCACCAUGGUGCCCCUGCCCCGCAGCGCCUACUGGCAGCACAUCACCCGGCAGCACAGCACGGGGCAGCUCUACCGCCUGCAAGAUGUCACCAGCCCCCUGAAGCUGCAUCGAACAGAGACUUUUCCCGCCUACCGGUCUGAGCACUGACAGUAGCUGCGAAGAAUUCCUGGCGCUCUUGUGACGUGUCAGCCACAGAUCCACGUGGGCGGUCACGGAGUGACAGCAAGGAGAACCACGCUGAAGGGAAGAAGCUCAUAAAGUCCUGGUUCACUGUGCGGUCAUCGGGAAACUCCGCAAUACAAUAUAUAUUUUUCCUUUUUUUUUUUUUUUUAAAUAAAAGUCUUAGCCUAAUUGAGACGCGCUCUCUAGCCGCCAACGUUCUUUUCUUCCCCUUGACAGCUGGACAGAAAGGAGCCGAUACCACAAAAUGAUUUUCUAUUGUAGAUACUGUGUCUCUUGCACUCCUCUGAAUCUGUCCUCUUGUGGGUUUGUGCGAUUUUCCUUCCGAGUGUUUCAAGUGUAUGACAGUCAGUACUGACAAUAAAAUGGCUCUUAAUUAUUUGCUA